AUGUCGACCGAUCCAGCUGGGACGCCAGGCACAGCUGCAUCAAACAGCUCAGCUGUUCCGAACGCAUCGGCCAUGACUUAUGGUCAAAAUGCAUCACUCAAAAAGAUGCCCUGUGAGAUCCUUCGCAUGAUCGCCAACGAGCUUGGUGAACGCGAAGUCAACAACGGGAUGUACCAUUCAUUUGGAAGUCUCGCCAACCUCAUCCUUGCUGUCAAGCCAGCAAAAGAAGUUCUCGAAGAGUAUCUUUACACAGAAGAUCUCUUGUGCGACACCCUCAAGGGCUUCUUCAUGCCCUGGAAAGGAAAUGAUGAACUUGCAGUUGCAGUUCUCUCGAAAUACCCUGAGGCUCUUCUAAAACUUCACAUCGACACUCAGUUCACUGACACUAUUCAAAACAAACCAGCAACUUGGACUCUGCUUCAUGUGGCAGCUACCUUUGCCCUACAAAAGACGAUCAUCAAACUGCACGAACUGGGUGCCCUGUACCAGGAUAUCGUGGGUUUCGCCCCCGUGCUGGGCGAUGACUUUAAUCAGAUUCUGAAGUACCAUACCAGAAUCUCCCAUCAUCCCCUUUUUGGUCACCUUCAAGCGCUACGCUGGAAUCCUGGGUUCGCACCGUUUAUCCUAGGAAACAAAAAAACUUAUAUUCUGCUGGCCAGACUGUGGAAGCGGGAAACUUACUCAGUCGCAACGUAUCAUUUCAGAUACGUUAUCAUCAACAAGCCUACUGACUACCCAAUGACUCUGCAACAUCUGGCAGUACUUGGUGAUGACUUGAUAUCCCUGAAGUGGACGAAGUAUGCAGCCCAGAACUACCCGUCGGCGGUUGAAGCCCCCGGUGGUGAGACUAGAGCUUCCGUCUUACAUGCUGCCUUGAAAGCUAACAACAAGCCGGUGCUCGAGUUCCUCCUCAAGAACGGCAUUGGCUUUGGGCCCCAUUUUGUCGACACCGAUGGGAAUAACCCUUUCCAUACCCUUAUCAUCGAGGGUCUAAAAGCAACAGACGCCAAGUCGCGAGCGGAGUGGCGCAAGUUGAAGGACGUAUUUUUCAACACUGUGCCUCAACUUGAAUGGAACGUCUUGAUGGUCCAGGCUCAGCAUCCUCGUAACUCUGCUCUACAACUCGCUAUAGAGCACAUCAGAAACAACUGGGGUGCCUCGAAGGGCGCGAUCAAAGAAAUCAUCGACCUUGUCCUCAAACAAGAGAUGAUUCUCUUGAAGAAGUGGAACAUGCCCCCCAAAUCUCUCCUGGUAAACCUCCCGAAUGCAGACGGCGAUACUCCCCUGAGCCGACUUGCAGACAUCAUCGACAAUCGUGAGCAGGCCAUUAGCAAAGCUCACUGGAAUCUCUUCGACGAUCUGAUCGAAAAGCAUGGCGCUGACAUCAAUCUCGAUGUCAAUGCCAUCUUCACACCAAAGUCGUACCGACAUUCCAUCGCAAACCAGGUACACAGGAGGGGAAGGUUCGUGGGCCAUGUCUGCGACAUGUUUGGCGAAGAACAUCGCGCCGAGAUUGACGAGACCUAUCCCAUCAGCACACCCACCAACAUGGACACUUACGGGUUCCAUGCGCACCAACUCCCUCCUGGCAAUCCGCUGAAUCUGCAAGUGCCUUUCAGCUGGCCACUCUUGCCAGUGCCUCCGAUGGUACCAGGAGUGGCCAAUACCAUCGUGUACCGGGAGCGGGCAUACAACUAUGCCAUCACUGGCGAUCCCGAUCACUCUCCGCACUUUGCGCAUGUUCUAUACCUUCAUAGACCCAUUGCCGCCGCUGCCAACCAGGCCCCUGCUGCCGCCUCUGCUGCUGAGGCCGCCCAGGACGAACGAGACGAGACUCGGGCCUAG